CGCCCAACGAAACGGCACUCGAAAAAAAAUCGAACAAGGCUUCGCUUCAUACCGUACCAUAGAAUGGUUCGGGUUGGAAACAUUCACAUUGGUCUUUGGUCUUUGAUGUCGUCACGGAUCUUCCCGCAGAACAACUAGAACAUCGACUACGGCAACGACUACGGCAACGACAACCGCAUUCACAAACCAACGCGCAGAAGGAAUCGACCCAAGCCCGCAGCAGCACCAGCAAAACACGAUGCAGCGCAAAACACCCUUCAGAAGGGUGGCAAAGAGCAACAGCAACAGCAACAGCAAUGCCAACGCCACCACAGCCCGCUGCCUCCUCGCCGCCGCUGUGCUGGCGGUGCCAGCACUUCUCGGUGGGGUAGCAGCAACAGCAGCUGCUGGAGUCGGUGCCGGCCUCCCGGGCAGCCUUUCGGAGCCCGGGCACCGCUCGCUGCUCCGGCCUUUGUCGGAUCCGUUCGAAGCAGGAGCGGGCCGGUGGCUCUCCGAAGGAUCCCGCGUGGUUGGCGCGGAGGCAUCCACCGCCGCGGACCACCCUCCAUCGAGCGACGAAGAAGAACACGAACACGAAGAAGGGGAGACCCCCCGCGACAGCGAUGGGGGAUCCGGCAGCGGCGAAGGCGUGACCGUCGCCGUCCCCCUCCCCCACGCGUUCGAACCCACCGGCGAGGGAGCCGCGGCCCCGGCUUCUCCCAGUGGCGGCGGCCGAAGGUGGGUGUUGGCGCUGGCGGGAGCGGCGGUGGUGGCUUGCGGGGCCGUCCUCCUGCACCGGGCCCUCGAGCAGAGCAAGUGGAAUCGGCGCCGGACGCACCAGCUGCUCCGGGACACGGACGAGGCCUUCGACCUGACCUUUCGGGAAGACGACGAGCUCGAGGACGACCUGGAGCUCUCGAGCUUUGAGUGAGCCAAGGGGCCCGCAAGCGGCCGGAACGGAACGGAACAAACGAAAACAAAGGGAAAGGAAAGGAAACGCAGCAACUACCAGCGGGUCGCAAUCACGCUUGUGGUUCUGUGUGGGUGUGUCAAUAGAUAUAAAUGUAUACAUAUACAGUAUCAUAGAUUGCGUAUUAUCAUCAAACACAGUGUCGAGUGCCGAUGGUUCCCGCUUGAAAACCGUACCAGCAAUUCCAAACCAGCAGUCUUCGACGCGGCACGGCGACGAAACGGGACGAUCGAUUCCUUUCCUUUUCAUGUCGGUCUCGUGCGCAUAGCUAGCUAGCUAGCUACACGGAGCAAUGGCACGCAUUCAUUGCACCGAUGGAUCCAAUCCAUCCGCAACAGCGUGCCAGCGGUUCGACACAACACCACACCGCACCGCACCGGUUUUGGACAAACGUACAAACAAAGCCGAGCCCUAGUGGCCUCGGAAGGAUUCCAGCGAGAAUCACGGUGCUAGGUGCAGCAAUAGGCACGGAGGCGCGUUCUCGUUCUCCGACCACGUGGAAAUGAAAUGAAAUGCAACUGCGUACUGUAAUGUAGACUAAAAUGUGCAACGACCA